UUGUUUUUCAGCAACAUGCAGCUCUACGUACUUCUGUGCUUGAUUGGACACGUACUUGCAAGUAAAUCGCACGGAUACUCCGGUACCCUGGUAGACUUCACUGAUCCUAAGGUACAAGGGCACUUGGACGCUUUAGUCCGGAUGGCACAAUCUUGCGUCAUCAAAGUACGGGCGUCACCAAAGGACGUGAGAGCGUAUUUCACGAAUUCCCCUCCUAUUACGAGAUCAGGGCAAUGUUUCGCAGCUUGUAUGAUGGAGCAGAGUGACGUCAUCAACCAUGGCAAGGUUAACAGGGAACUAUUGAUCCAUCUUGCAAGUCUGGUUAACGGCAAAAAUUCCGGUGUUGUACGCAAAUUACAUUCCAUUUCUCGAUUAUGUCUGGACAGUAUAGAAGGCAUGUCCGACAGAUGCCAGUUAGCCUCUACGUAUAAUGACUGUUUGAAUGAGAACAUGAUUGAGUUUGCGUUCCCGCUCGAUAUCGCCGAAGAGGCAGUUCGUAAAAUGCCAUUUCAUCUCAUCCAGCCAAAGUAA